GAGCGUCUUUACGAAUUGAUUCGUUGGAUGAAUGGGUCAUUUAGACGUGACUUGACCGAGGACUGCAACUUUUUGGUGGCGGCUGAAGUCGGCUCGCAAAAAUAUAUUAGAGCGGCGCCAGUGAUACCAACUGUUCUGCCGUCCUGGGUUACCGAUGCAUGGACACAUCGUCAUGAGGAUACUUUCGAUGCUACCGACUGCCAGUUUUGGACAGCUCACAAAUUGCCAGUCUUUUCUGGUCUGACUAUCACCGUAUCAGGUUUCAGCAUGAAGGAGCGCACCGAACUAAAGGCGCUGAUUCAGGGGAAUGGUCAGAAGUACAUUGUGUCACAGAAGUGGCGUAGUUGGAAGGUGGUACCAGUCAACGCUUCAUGGGUGCAGGAUAGCGUUUCAAAAGGUUAUUGUUUACCGGAAGAGUCUUACAUUGUCGAGGACCACAGCCCUAGCCGCCCCAACAGCACUGUUAAAAGGUCGACACCAAAAGAAUUGUUCAUGCCCCCACUUCCGAUAGUAAAUCCUGAUUGCAGCAUGAUUCAAGGAAAAACAAGCGCGAACGAGACGUACAUUUCAGAAGUGAGCUCUGCUUUUCGAAAUGAGGUAGAAGAAACAUUGGCCACUGCAAACGACCAUUCGAGAAUCACAAACGUUAAGCCCUUGACGUUACUUCCUGCUGUUUCCUCCGACGACACCGCUCAGUUGGAUGUGACUGUAAAUCCGGAAGACGACGGGGCGAAAUGCUCAGAGACGACUUUGAUGGCUGAGUUUGGAGACGAUGUAUGGAACGAUCUGCUCUCGUGUAAAUCUGUACAGUCACGAUGCCUCGACGGCUGUUGCCUGUUUUUCUUUGGUUUCACCAACGAUGCGGUGAAAAUUCUUACAAAACUAGUUCAAAGUGCUAUGGGACAAGUUGCAGCACAGAUAACUGAUGACGUCACUCAUAUCGUUUGUGGAAGAACGGCUCACUACCAUGACAUUAAAGCAAUGGUCGGAGAUCGUCGGACGAAUCAAGCCAUUGUAGUGAAUUGCGGAUGGCUUUUGGGCAGUUGCAAAGGAGGCGUGCGCUUACCGGAAAUAUCUUUUCUGCUCGACACGGCGUCCACUGUGCUUACAGAUGCCGGUGACACCUCAUCGAAAACAAUUUCUACGAUGAAAGACAGCAGUUUGUUGCAGAUGGAAGACGACCUGCAAGCCGUUUACUGCCAAUACAUAAUCGACGAUGAGGUGGGAAAGCGUGAAAACAUGACCCAAGACGCCAAUAUAUCUGCGAUGGCCGAUGGCACAAGGCAUGAAAACAAAGAUCUAAAUUCGACCGUUCAUAGCCGCGAACUCUUCAAAGGCUCUACUUUUAGACUUAUAGAUUUCAGUGAAAAGCGAAAAGCGGAACUGGGCGUCAUAAUCACCGAUUUAGGGGGUACAUAG